AUGUCUUCUCCCCCAUCGUACACCAACCCGGUCGACCCCAAACACGACCGCCUCCCGCCCUACCGCGCGAAACACGGCUUUGCAAACAGCGCCGAGGAACUCGCCGCGCUCAAAGAGUUCGCCGAGUCAAAGCUCUACGUCAACCCGGGUUCAGACGGCACUCUACCCGACUUGCAAAACGGCGGCUGGGGCUUGAAGUCGCUGGCGUGGGGUGGACCCAUGCAGGGCGAAGCGCCUGGCGAGAGGGGAUGGCCCGCGCCAGAGACGCCCGAGGACAGGAAACGGAGGAGAGAGGCCGAGAAGGCGAGGAAGAAGGAGGAGCGGGCCAGCAAGGGGACUGUAGGGGAGAGGUUGAAGAGGGUUAUCAGUGGGGGAGGUGCAAAGGAGGGAGGUGGUUAG